AUUUACAAACCACGUUUAGAAAUAAUGAAAAGACGGUUUCUGUUGAGGGAGGUAAUAAAGUUAUUAGCUGUCGGAGAAAGAACCUUGUGAAGAUGAGCAUUGUGGUGGCAUAUGGUGUUGGACGAUUUAAAAACAAACGAGGCCUGAACGGUACUUAGAGUGCAGACACUUAUAAGCAAAGCAAGAGGGUUCUCUCGAGUGAGGUACGAAAGAUGUUAAAUACCAACGUAGUUGUGGAAGACAACCAAGUUAUCAGGCUUGUCCUCGAUUUCUUGGAUUCUAGAAAGCUUCAUAACUCCAUGAGAAGUCUGGAGAAAGAAUCUGGAAUCGUUAACUGUGGUUUCUCGGAUGACAUUCUGUUUUUAAGAGACCUUGUUCUCGACGGCGAGUGGGAGGCCAUAUUGAUCUUUGCUCAGCCAUUUGAAGGCAUCAACGAGUUUGAUUCAAGACAGUUCCGUUAUCUUGUUUUGAAGCAGAAAUUCAUGGAAGUGUUGUACUUCAAGUCGGGCUUCGGUGGAAAUUCAACAAGCUAUUCGAUUGAGGAUUUAAUAAAGUGUCUGAAUCAACUGGAAGAAGACUGUCCAAACAAGGCUGAAUACAGCAAACUAUGUUGGCUGUUAACUGUUCCUAAUUUAUCUGAGCAACCGGAAUAUCGCGACUGGAACCCCACUACUGCAAGGAUAAAGUGCUUUGAUCAGAUUCUUGAUUUACUACGGAAGGUCAUUCCCAUCGAGAAAAAAGGUCUCAAUGGGAAAUUUCCGAAGCCACUGACUCCAAUUAGAGACAGAUUAUUACACUUAUUAAUUAAGGGACUGUGUUUCGAGAGUUGUGUGGAUUACUGUCAGUUAAGAGCAAUUAACGGAGAUCUCUCAGGGGAGCUUGAUGUUUGCAUUGGAGACAAUAUUUUAUUUGGGCCAUCACAAGAGAGUUCUGGUAAUUUUUUGUCUUGGCUCAAAAAUCUCUCUCAAGAUGCAUUCAUUACACCUUUUGAACCAGUGAGUUUAGAAGUGGACUUGAAGAAAGGAAAACAAACACCUGGUUUUUUAUAUCACAAGUCUCCUAAGAGAGAUGAUGCUGAAAUUCUUUCAAGGAGUUUGUCUCUUUCAGGGAGGCCAGCCACAGCAGAUAUGGCUUCACACCUGUCCAGGCUGGAAACAGAAGGAAACAGGGGAGCAUUAUCUGACAACCGACCACAUUCCAGUCAACCUCUCAAAGGAAUUUCACAAUCGUAUAAUGAGUUUCACUACAAAGGCUCUUCAGAAAAUGAGCCAUUGAAUAAUGCAGGUAAUAUUGGCCUCCCUAAAAGAAGAUUAGACUCAAGACAUGAGGGUGAAGAAGAAGUAUUGGCUGAAACUGGUAUACUAAAUGAUGAUACAAAUAAUGUUGAACAUGAACAGGAUCCUUCUCAACCCCUAGUUGCUAAUGGUACAGACUCGAGUUGUGAUCCUGGGGUUAUUCAUAUGCUGAAGGAGCAGCAACAGCAAAAUGUUUUGAAACAGCUUGAAGCCUAUGAGAGGCAGAAGCAAGAUCUUGAACGACAACUUCUAGAGUUGUCCUUAAGAGAGACUGCUAAUAAGAAACCUAAUACAACAGAUAGUACAACAUCUCAGCUACUCAGUCAUAGACCAGAAUCCAGUGAUUCUUCCAAUGGCUCUCAGAGUAAACUCUUAUCUAAUGAUGUUGGGUUUAAAAGUCAUCCAAGUCAUCAGCCAAAUGGAGAGGCAUCAAUUCAUGGUCUAUUUGAAGGAAAUGUGAAUCAUGUUAACAGUGAGGAUUAUUUGCCAUGGCCUCAAGGCAGCUAUCAAACACCAGAAAGUGUGAGGCCAUUUCUAAAUCAUGAAAAAAAUGAUGCAACUUGUUUCUCAGUCACUCAAGUCGUGACAUCAACUCCUGCUACAAAACCAAAGAAUAAACCUGAGGAUUUAAACUUGGCAGAUACCAAGGGUAGUCUUACUGCCUAUGAUGGAGUGCCAAUUACGCCAGCAGAGCAAACAUUUCCUAACACUCCAGUAUUAAAUGGACAUACACCGUUUGGGACAGGUCACUGGGUUGCCUUGGCAGACGGUUCAGGAGUUCUGAACACCAGUACACCAAAGUCCACUAGGCAAGGAUUGAAAUCUACUCCAGCACCACUUGCAUCUCCUAUCCUGCAUGUAGAUGGUGCCACACCCCCAUGCAGCAUUCCUCUUGGUUUUGUGAAGGAGACACCUAAAGAUGUUGUAGAAUGCAACAAAACAGAUUCACCGAUGCUCCCUGUAUCAGCCUCUGACACAGUAAUGGACAAGGAGAAUGGUGUCUCCCAUAAUCAACAGAUCCCUUUGAAACGAGGACCAAAAGUCAAUGGUGUGCGCAGAGCCUUGGUGCCACAGGGUGGUAGUAAGCACAAGAUUGGGGCCAUGGGGGAAAAUAAGGACAUUAUAAUCCCAUCUCAAGGUGAGGGCCUCAGUGGUAAUGUACCCACACCAGAGAUUAUUAAAUCAGCCAACAUUGGGAGCAAUACACCUGCCAGUCACCAAAUACAAUCUGCUAAUGUGAAGAUGGAACCAGUAUCACAAGGUUUGCAUGAGGGAGCAGUACGAGAAAAUGGGCAACCUAAAAGGAGUGGUAUGACAUUUGUAGUUGACUCAAGAACAGAGAAUCAAUCACAGAACUCAAGAGCUCCAAGUGGUGAUCUUUAUCUAGGAGAAAAAAAGCCUCACAAGGAACCUGAUAAUGUCAUUCAGAAAGAGAGAGAAAUGGGGACAGUUAACAUGACAUUCCGUAAACCUUCUACCAAUUCACCACCAAACAACACCACAGUGACUAUCAACAAUGGUAAUCAUAGAAAUCAUAUUUCAUUACUGGAAAAACAGAGAGAAUUUCUGCAGUCAUCCUCUGAGGCCAAGUUUUAUACAGUAGCUACUCUAGAAGAUGUGCAAGCUAUCAGAGCAAUAGCAUUUCAUCCAUCAGGAGAUUUGUUUGCUAUUGGGUCAAAUUCCAAGACUUUAAGAGUCUGCACAGCUGAAGGGUUAAACUCUCAAAGGAGAAUGGAAAGUAAAGGCAGUGGCCAACCUCCACAACCAACCAUUCUCUUCAAAAGCAACCGUCAUCACCGUGGCUCCAUUUAUUGUGUAGCAUGGAGUGCUUCAGGGGACAUAAUAGCUACAGGAUCAAAUGACAAAAGCAUCAAGAUGACCAGGUUUGAUGCUGAAACUUGCUCUGUGACUUGGCCAGGGCUGGAGCUUGCUAUCCACAAUGGUACAGUUAGAGACCUGGCCUUUGUUUCCCGAGCCAGUGGGACACCAGUUCUAGUGUCUGGAGGGGCAGGAGAUGGAAAUAUUAUGAUCUCUGACUGUAGUACUGGUCAGACAAUAGGACAACUCAAAGGUCACUCAGGACAUGUCAUGGCUGUGUAUGCUGACAGUGAUGAUAUCAUAGCCUCAGGGUCAGCAGAUAACACUGUAAGGUUGUGGGAUCUGAGGUCACAAAGAUGUAUAGAUGCCAUAGCAACUGGUGAUAGCUGCGUGGCCUCUGUUUGCGUAAACUCAUCAGGCAACAUGUUAGCUUCAGGCCAAGAAGAUGGAAGCUGUAUGAUCUAUGACAUUACAGCUGGGAGAACCCUACAGCUUUUCAAGCCUCACACAAUGGAUUGUAGAUCAGUGCGUUUCUCACCUGAUAAUAACUUUCUUUUGACUGGAUCCUAUGACAGUAGUAUAAUCUUGAUGGACAUAAGAAAAGACUUAGAGACACAAGUACCACCUUACUCUGUUGUGGCUCAUCAUAGAGACAAAGUCAUCCAGUGCCGUUGGCACCCUACUCUCCUUGCUUUCCUGAGCUCUAGUGCAGACCGAACUGUCAGCCUUUGGGCUCCAGAAUGCUGAAAAAUUGGAAGUGCGUUUUAAGGUUUGGCCUCUUUAGAGUAAAGGAGAGCUUGUGGGAUGUUUCCUCUAAUAUGAUGGGCACUUUUGAAGCCAACAAAAAGGUCUUUCAAUUGUAGAACACCGCCACAGAGUUCAGUCAAGUGUUUGAACCAUUUGAGACUUUGACUAGUGGGAUGAUGCCUACUGAAUGAAGUUGAAAUGAUUUCCUGUUUGGCUCAGGUCAUUUUUUAUCACCAAUUUAUACCCAAAGAGAGAUCUUUGCCACAGAAAAGCAGUACCGCAGUGACCCUAGUGCUUAAAGAAGAUCUAGUAGAAAUCUUGUGAAUUUGUGUGAUACAAAUCUAAAGACAACUUUCACCCUGUAAAUAAUUUAGAAUUACUUGAAUGACACUAUUUUCAAUGAUGCGCCCAUCAGUUUUUGAGACUUAGAUAAUCUAUAAGGGAUGAAUAUUGAAGCUGUAAAAAAUUAACUUCCAAUUCAUAACACAUAGUAACAAGUGACAAGAUGGUGUAGAUAUUGAAGUUGUUUCUCUUUUAUUUUUGAACUUAUGGUAAUCUUCUCCAACUUCACUUAGUUUUGUUUUUCUAUGUUUGGAUUUUUCUUCUUCUUUGAUUUUUUUUAAAUAGCAUGUAGUGGCAUAACUCUCUUACAUGAGUUGGGAUACUCUGCAUGCAACAGAGCAACAUUUGGAAGUAAUUUUUAAAGUGGAAAUUGUCUCUACCUUCACCAUAGAAACAUUUGGAUAGAACUAAACACACUUCUAUAAACAGUUGAAUUUCACAUCUAUUUUCAAACAUUUUGAAGAUUAUCUGUGGCUGAAAACAUUUAGUGGUAAAUCCAUCUUGGACAUUGUAGGAAUAUCAUCCUGAACUCUUUAUUAUGAAACAUAAUGAAUCAUACAUAUGAACAAAAUUUUGUGGCAGAUUCUUUAGCAAGAUAGUAAACCACGUGUACAUAGAAUACAAGUUUCUUACAUAGUAAGUACCAGUUUCUAAUUGAUGCUCCUUAUUCUAAGAGGUCAUUAAUUCCAUGCAUGGUUCUAUGGUAUUUGUCAUGAAUUGUUUUAUUUAUAGUGUUAUGAGAUUUCAAUCCAACAAUCAAUUGUUAUUUAAAGAAAGGUCACUUUAAUUAAAUUAUUGUCAUCAAUCUGAUUGUGUACCUUAUGUGCAAUUACCCUUUGCAUUUGUGGAGAAAAGAAAUUCUGAAGUUACUUGGUGUUCAUGAUAUUUAUUGUAUGAUUUUUGAAAAACAGAUAAUGCUGAUAUGAUAAACUCUGAUAACUGAAUUACAACAAUGUUAAAAAUUCA